CACAAUUACCGUUGCUAAUAACAUUGCGGUUAUCUAUUUAGUGAUAUUUAUAUGAAGAUGUUGUGGAUAGACUACAAAAAUAAAGCCUACGAAAUAACCCCGGACAACCCAGUCGAGUAUCAUAAGGCACAACUAGCCACCGCUGUCCUUGAAAAUGACCCAAAUACCUUAAGAACCUUGUUGGCCUCAGGAGGAAUCGAUUAUGUCGACUCCACAAACAGCACUUUGCUACAUCUGGCAAUCGACUUUGACCAAUCUGACAUUGUUGACGUACUCCUGGCCACAGAUGGCGUCCCCAUCGACGCUGAAGCUGAACAAACCCCAGGUUUCGGUGUCGAAACACCACUUCUUUUCGCUAUGAGAUUCGACAAAGUAGAUAUAGCAAACAAAUUAAUCCACAGAGGUGCGGACAUAAAUUUGGUCGAUAAAUCGGGCAACUCGGCCCUGUAUUAUUGUUUAAACGCGUGGCCAAAUUGCCAUCUCGAAACGGCAAAAACUUUAUUAGAGAAAGGGGCGGAUGUUAACUGCGCAGAGGAAAAAAAUGAUCUGUUGACGAGCGCUUGUCAGAUGAAUCGGGUGGACGCUAUUCACCUUCUUUUGUUUUACGGGGUUGAAGUACUCAAACCAGAAAGAGGAAAAGUCACACCGUUUGAUGUAGCACGUCAAGAAAUACAAGAAGUUCUUUUCGAUUACAUUUUUGACGGUGACAAGUACGACAUGCGUUUGAAGACAUUGGCUAGGAUGAGGACUUCUCUUUUGGAAAGAAUCGCGGAUUAUAUUUCUGACGUUUGGUACUUAGAUGACGAAUACGAGGAACUUCUUAUGUACGAAGUUGAAAUAAUGGAGUCGUUUUGUUUGACGUUGUUAAUGGAAAGGUUCGGCCAUGUCGUAAAGUACAUACUGAAGAACUACCCCACGUUUCAGAUGUUUAGCUCGAACGAUGUUAGAUCUGUAAACAAUUUUAGUGCUUUAGUAAACAGCGACUAUUGUGUUUACGUCGUGAAAUACAUAAAUAAGUAUAGACUGAAGGGUGGACUAGUGGAAUAUGCAACUGUUGGUGAUUACGUUGCUCAUUUGUCGACAAUGAAAGAUAACAGUCGAUUGCUGGAUCUAGUGACACAGUUGGUUCUACAGGGUGUUCGCUUUAAUCAACUGGACGCCGGUGUGGUGUAUCUCUACUUCGGGUUUUGCCCUUUGUUCAAAUACAUGAUUAUGGAUCCAGAGCUUACGAAGACAGGAUUACACCAACAAAAAGUGUUGAUAGCGCAGUUAAUUUACGACGUGAAAAUGACUGUUAGGGAUUUUAUCGAGCAGUUGACGGAUUCGCGUUUGUGGCAUUUGGAGUCUUUGGAAUUCGCUUUGGAACAGUUUUGUGACCAGCGAGUCAAAGAAUACGGAAUGAAAUACAAUAGGCUGAAAUGUGAAGAGAAAGUGGAGAAGUUGCCACAGGUGCCUCUAUUGGUAGAGUUGGCGAGGAAUGUGGCUCGACAGCAUAUUAUCGACUUCUAUAAAGUGGAAAACUUUAAGACGUUUAGUGAAGUUCUAGAGACGCUUCCGAUUUGUAAAGAAAUUGUAACAAUUCUGACUUUCGAAAAGAAAUUGUAUAGUUGAAUGCUGAACUAAAAUGUUUUUGUGUUCAAAUAAAAAGUAUUAAUUUUGUUAAACUUACAAUAAUUUUUUAGUGAUUUAAAUUUGAAAUCUCGAUAAUUCAGCGGUCGAUUCCAGAGAAACGGUUCGAGUUAUCAAAGAAACGAGGCCGGAAGUGAGUUCAAGAGCUCGAAAUCUACAAGAAAAUGUAUUUAGUUAAGUUUCGAAAAUGUCAAAAUUUCACCGAAAUUUGAAGAAGGGGGGACCAUUGGAAAAAUUUCACUUUUUAAAAAGUUGUCUAAAAAUUAUGAAAAAAUUCAGGGACGUAGAUCUCGACAUGCUGAUUCCAAAA